AAUAUAAGCGCUAUUUUGUGCUUACUUUGUAGUAUGUCACUAAUGGAGAACCCGUUUGCAGAUCCUGUCACUAAGUUGCCAUCGACUCAGUUACGUGAUACUGAAAGCACUCAAGUCUCUCACAUUGAUACAGGUGCAUUGGAUAAGUAUAAUCCUUUCGAGACCUCGGGAAAUAUUCAGCAGGAUGGUCAUCCAUCCAGCUUCAUGGCACCAUCACCAUACUCUGCUGUUCAGGCACAGAAAAUUACAACGGCAGAGCUUGAACGUCGUCAAAGAGAACUGGAUGCAAAAGCUGCUGAACUAGCACGUAGAGAAGAAGAACAACGAAUAAAAGAGCAAAGUCGAUUUGUUUCCCAAGAAGGAGUCGCAGCGAAGAACUGGCCUCCGUUACCAUCAUUUUGCCCUUGUGCCCCAUGCUUUUAUCAAAACAUUGAGACAGAAAUAAUCCCUGAAUAUAAAAGAAUCGUAAAGUUUGGAUAUUACUUAUGGUUGUCUUAUGCUUGUUUGCUGUUGGUUAACUUGUUAACAGCAUUGAUAUAUUUUGCUGGCACUUCUCAAGCUUCUGGUGGAAGUUUGUUUGGUGUUGCUAUACUCGUGUGCAUAGUUUGUAUUCCAUCUUCGUAUGUGUGUUGGUUCAGACCGUUAUACAAAGCCUUUCGAAGCAAUAGUUCAAUCAAUUUCUUCAUAUUUUUCAUUGUUUUCGGUGUUCAAGUCUUGGUGAUGAUCAUUCAAUCAAUUGGAAUUUUAAACUGGGGUUCAUGUGGAUGGAUCACGGGUUUGGCGGUGGUUAAACAAACUCCAGUAAUUGGUGUUAUCACGUUACUGGUCGCAUGCUUUUUCACAGCUGUUACGACAGCAUCAGGGUGGUACCUUAUACACGUAAGCUUUUGUUUCAACCUUUUAUAUAGUAACAUCCGAAGUCUCAUUGCUUCAAUUCAAAUUAUGAAGUUCAUAUAGUGCAAAACAGUGUGAUUUAUUUCAGACUAUAUAUUCGCUAAGUCAGCAGGCAUAUGCAUCCUCUUAGUGAUCCUGAUAACUUCAGUCGCGUGCUUUUUAGAGUAUUUUUAAGGCCAACAUGAGUACCAAGUAUUCAUUUAUUUGAGGAAAUAACCUACCCCAAAGCGUAGGUUUAGUAGCAGUUCCUAUGACAAUACAGAGUCUUCACUAAGGUCAAGAAAGUGAAAGCUGUGUCUUUGAUGGGAAUUUUUCCGAAUGUUCUAUGGAUCAUCCAGUAAUUAAUUGAAAAGAUCAACUCUAGCAAGAAAAUCCAAGGUAAAGUUAUGUAUGAAUGAAAAAGUAGUUCACACUGAGAAAUAUUGUCCUGUUGGACGGUUUUAGUGAAAAUAGAGUCUUUUAUUUUCACAAUUGUUGUGAUUGUUCAAUAUAAGUUACUUUUUAUAUGUGCAAUUCUUUAUUUACACAAUAAAUCACGAAUGCAGAUCAUUUUCCAUGCCUCUUUCAAAGUAGAUGCAAACUACUUGAAUUCAUUUUGUAGCGAAACCUCUUACUACUCAUCUUUUGGAUUCGACUUACUAUCGUUUAAAUAAUAAUGUUUUUCAGGUACAUCGUAUAUAUCGGAGCACAGGUGCUAGUUUUGGAAAGGCUAAAGAAGAGUUUGCUCAUGGUGUCGUAUCCGAUCCGUUGGUGAGGAACAGGGCAAUGGAGGCUGGAUUAUUUGCAGCCCGCCAGACUGCUUCAAAUGCAUCGAACAACAGGUCUUAAGUGAAACAACGUGAGAACUAUUAACUUGGUACUCUUUAUCUGUAUGAUUUCUGAUUUUUCUUCUAUUAAAUACAUGCGUCAUGUCAAUGUCCCCAAGUUUUUUUUGUGUUUUUACUGUGAGCAUUUGUCCUUAUGGUGUUGUGCUUCUAAUAUUUGAACAUCCAGAAACUGAAACUACAUAUUGGAUAACUUGAUCAUCGCAUUAUAAUUUUCAUACUGAAAAGCAUGCAAUGCUACAUCUGUCGUUAUCACUUAAUAAAAGUCUCGUAUUAUCUC